UGUCCAUCUCGGACGAGGGCCGUGCAGAAGUGAACGGGUUGAAGGCGUCUCAUUUCUUCAGUCUGGCGGAGCGGCUGAACGCGUGUGCAGCCCCCUUCAUCUGGCUCUUUAUUCGUCCUCCCUGGUCCUUGACUGGAAGCUGUUGUAAAGCUGUGGUCUAUGAGAGUCUCAAAGCAGAGUGUCAACUGGACAAAGCUCAGAAAGGAUCUAUUCUGUACUGCUUGGCAAAGGUCUUGAGCCUCUUUGAGGAUGAAGAAAAAAGAAAAGAGUCUCUUGAAAUGUUUGAGGAGUCUUCGAAGCAGGGUUGUUUAAAUAGCUCCUACCUCCUUUGGGAAAAUAACAGGAAGGUUGCUAUGUUAGACCCUGGCAGAUACCUCCAAAGUCUCAGGAAGCUACGGGACUAUGCAGCAAAGGGGUGCUGGGAUGCACAGAUAGCGUUAGCCAAGGCUUGUGGAAAUGGAAACCAACUAGGAUUAGAAGCAAAAUCUUCCAGUGAAAUGGUGGCUCAGUUGUUUCAAGCCUCCCGUCCUAUCAGCAAGCAAAAUAUCUUCACUGUGCAGAAAAAAAUAAAUGAAACAAUGAGGUACAUCCUGGUUGACUGGCUGGUGGAAGUGGCAACCAUGAAAGACUUUUCUUGCCUAUGCCUUCACAUGACGGUGGGCUGUGUGGACCGUUACCUGAGGCUGAGACCUGUGCCCCGGUAUCAACUCCAGCUCCUGGGAAUAGCCUGCAUGGUCAUUUGCACACGUUUCAUCAGCAAAGAGAUCUUGACAAUACGGGAGGCUGUGUGGCUAACGGACAACACAUACAAAUAUGAAGACCUGGUGAGGAUGAUGGGUGAGAUCAUCUCUGCCCUGGAAGGAAAGAUAAGGAUACCUACUAUUGUGGACUACAAAGAAGUGCUAUCAAACAUAGUCUCACUGGAGAGAAGAACUCUUCACCUUUACAGCUUCAUUUGUGAGCUGUCUCUCCUAAACACGAGCCUUUUCGGGUACUCCCCAGCUCGGCUGGCUGCUGCAGCACUGCUGCUGGCUAAGAUCCUGCAUGGCCACGCACAUCCCUGGACCAGCCAGCUGUCUGAGUGCACUGGGUUCUCUCUUGAAGACCUGUUGCCGUGUGUGCUGCGCCUUCACCAAAAAUGUUUCCAUGAUGAGGUCCCUAAGGAUUACAGGCAGGUGUCUUUAACCGCAGUGAGACAGAGAUUUGAAGAUGAGCGGUACGAUGAAGUAGGCAAAGAAAAGGUGAUGAGCUACAGCCAGCUCUGUUCACUGCUGGGUGUGAAGCAGGAGGACCUGAAACCCAGUCCCCUGCACACAAAUGUCAUAGAAAUUAAAGCUUUCUUUAGCUCUCCCUCUGGAAAGAGAUCUAAAAGGAGGAGGGAAGACAGCGCUCAGGAUGACAGGGGCAGCCUGGUGACUACGCCUACAGCUGAGCUAUCCACCCAGGAAGAAAGUCUUCUGGACAGCUUCCUGGACUGGAGUUUAGAUUCCUGCUCUGGUUAUGAAGGUGAUCAGGAAAGCGAAGGCGAGAGAGAUGGAGAUGUCACCAGUCCCAGUGGAAUCCUGGAUGUGACAGUGGUGUACGUGGAUCCAGCAGAGCACUGCUGUCAGGACUCCAGUGAUGAGGACAGCCUCUCUGUCGAGUGUCCUGGGCACGCAGCACCGCCGAGGAAGGCCAGGACUCCAGAUGAAACUCGCAGAGUUUUUUCAGCCUGUGUUGCCUCAAGAAAUCCCAGCUGUGAAGGGAGCUCAGGCUACUCUUCUGUCAGUGGUGCCAGUCCCACAUCUUCCGUGGAAGGCAGCUGCGGAAUACCUCUCAAACCUACCUCAGCACUGUCUGGUGGCAGUGCCAUGAACAAGGAGCCAUGCCUGCCCCCCGACCUGGAAUCGCGUUUACCAUCAGUGCAUGCUAGAGCUGGUGAUAGGAAUUCUGCCCGAAGGCAAGUCAAGCGCAAAAACCUGGCAGAACACAGUGAAGAAAGGGUGAACUUGGGCUUCUUAAGCCUCUGAUUUCAUGCUUUCUAGGUUUUCUGGAAACAGCAUUUCUGUCAUAGUUGUACAGGAAUGAUAGUGAAUAAUUGUCAAUACCUCCAGAAAGAGCCCUUUCCCUUAACUUUGCCUAUUCCUACCACAUUCUGUAAGCCUGUCUCUUAAUUCUGUAUCUCACUUCUGGCCUUUUUCCAUCCUUGAUAACUGAGUUUUUAAAAGUGUUUCCUCUUUUCUGAUUCUCUCCAAGUUUCAUAGACUGAGAGGGAGGUUAACUUUAUGGCUUGUGUCAUACCUCGCCACCUAUUCCUUGAGAAUGACCUUGUCCUCUCCCUUGCUUCACUGUGAGGCCUGGCACCAUGAAAGAAAGGAAUUUGCUUUGGUCACGAAGUUACUGGAUGUAACACUAUGCUUGAAGUUGGUAGACCUCCGUGCGGUUAUGCUGCAUUUUAAUUUUAGCCAGGUACUGUUUCAAGUCAGCUGGUGCUUCCCUCUUCUAUGUAUAUAUCUUCUGCUGCACUGACGUAAGGUUUUUAUCGAUACAGUCAAGAGGUAAAUGAAGGCUCAUUGCAGGUCUGAGCUUUUUUUUAACCUACCUCUCAUGGUUUUAAAAACCCUAUUUGACUCAGGCCUCAGUUGCCAUGUGUUCCUUCCCUGAAAUGUUAUCCUCCUGUGCCUUAAUGCUUCACUGCCCAAUGCUACAGUACUGUGAACUGUUAGCCCAUGCUGCAGCAGUGUGGUUUAACUGCCACCUCCAGUCCAUGGCCCACCUUCACUGCCUGUUUUCCUUGCUAUUUCCAUGAAUGUGGCCUUCAGUAAAGCACACCUCACUUAAACACUAGAAGCAGGCAGCAAUGCAGUAAGGGCAAACUGUCUGAAAGCCCUAAUUUAAGCCUUGCAACUGCAUCCUAGUCCGCAAGGGGAGCAUAUGCUUUCAUUAAAAUUGCAAUCUUCUGUACUGUAUCAAGCAGGGCUUUGAAGGAACUUCCUACACUGACCUCAGCCUAGCCAUCCUGGGUUAAAGCUCCUUCAGCCUGCCUACAUUAGGAAAAUAGCCUUCUUUUUAUGUGUUGGUAUUUUAAUGUUCUUUACUUGUUUUAUGACUUUCAUGAAUUGUCGAUGAUUUUAACACUGGAACUGGACUCCACAACUCUUCCUUUAUCUAGAAGUUACUGUGGCAGGUGGCAACAGUUCAGAUAAGAUGUAGUGUUUGUUUGUUUGUUUUUAAUAUAAAAUUUGUUUUUACAUCUA